GCUCACCCUCUGCAGCCACUUCACCUCUGAUUCUAUUUUUUUUUUCCGGCUUCUGCUUUCUUUCUCCCUCUCAACUCUCAGAUUUCUCUCCCAAUCUUCACUCCAACUUUUCCCUCUUCAAAAGCCGAAGGUGCCCCCCCUUUUAUACAGAAAUAUAGAGGACUCCAAUCCUUUUUCUAAUUCUAAAUUCUAAUCUCAAUCCCCAAAAUUACAGAUAAUAAUCUAAUCCUAUUUGAAAUUGGAAUCCUAAAAUUAAUCUAGUCUUUGCACAUCUUCCCUCUUUUAAGGCUAGAUUCAUACCUUUAAAUAUCAGGACUCCCAAUUUGAAUCAACUUCGAAAAUCUUCUGUGAAUCUUGAUAAGGACUUCAAAUCCGAAAAUCUCUUCUUGUGUUGUUGUGGUCUAUCCAAACUUUGAAUGGAUUUAGAGAUAAAUCAAGAAGAAUUUUGUGAAAUUUUGGAGAGGGUCGGCAGCAAAAGGAAGAAACGAGAUUUUUGGGAGGCUAGGGAGAGCAUUACUAUUACUUAAAAUGCCUCAAGAUUACAGUUAGCACUUGAAAGAGUACCGAACAAACACCCGCCCAUGGCACGGCAGCUGAAAUGAUUUAGGCAAACCCUAUGCGAUAAAAAAUUCCACUCCCUUGUGAGAAAAAUUGACAGGAAUGAAAAAGCAUUUCGCCUUUGCACGUGAGUCCUCAACAACCGCUCCAAUAGAAAAAAAAAACAUUCCUCCUUAGAGCCUGCAAUUGCAAUGGCUUGCAAGCUAUCCGCUACGAUAAAUAUAUCUACAUCCAAAUUCCUUUCCCAGUUGAAUGCCAAAGUCAAAAGCAAGAGUUUCAGCAUGAAAGCUGAGAAUUUGAAAGGCAAAACUUUCUGUCCAGUAGCUAGUGCCUGGCUUGUACUGUCUCUUAAAACCAGUCCAAGGCGCACAGUUUCCUGUCCAUGAGGGAUAGCUGCAUCAAUAUUUAUCUCUGUAACUCCCUACCUCAGAGCUUCCCAUAAGGUUGCUGUUUUAACAGGGGCAACCGCUCCUAUAGCCCCAGUUGAUUCUCUGUUCUUUCUUUCCAAGGCUUUUGUACUCUAAGCAAUUUGUUAUCAACUGCACCGGUCUUCCUACAUUUGAACAAGAAGAAAUGAAAAUGCAAUUAUUUUGAUUCUACCAGAUAAACCAUGUGGAUGUGG